AUGGCUAAUUUAUACGAUACUACGCUUGAAAUUACAAAAAAAUAUGGAUUUCAACAAUAUGAAGUAUCAAAUUUUCAAAGAAAUGAAAAAUAUAGCAGGCAUAAUUAUGGUUAUUGGAGCGGUUUAGAUUAUUUAGGUAUUGGAAUUGGACCUGGAGCUCAUGGAAGAUUAACAGAUUCAAAAAUCGGGAUGAGAUUUAGGACAAUCAGAAGAUUGUAUCCAGAAGAUUGGAUGUCACAAUGUGAAGAAACUGGUGAAGGGCAAUAUGAACAAAUAAACUUGGAUGACGUUAAGAAGGAACUUGUGUUAUUUGGAUUACGCACCAAAAUUGGAAUACCAAGAACAAGGUUUAGGAAAUAUUCACCAAAUCAAGAAUUAGAAAAGUAUUUAAAUAUGGAACAAAUAAAAUCCUUUAUUAAAGACGGCUUCUUAAUUUGGGAGAAUAGGUCUGUUAGAUAUGAUAAUGAAUGGAUGUUGAAUGAUUUUAGAGAAGAAAUGCAGGAUGGUGGAUUGAGACCUACCGAAAAGGGGUUGGCUGUAAUUGAUGAAAUAGUUCCAAGAAUAUUGUACUAA